UAAUCCGCUCCCCCCUCAUUUCCGUCAAUAGAACGCACGUGACUUUUACUUCUACAUGUGCUUGCUUGCUAGUAGCAAACUGCAAGAGAUCAUUUGCAAUGACUGACUUUGUAGAAGACGAUGACGACUGGUUUCUAUCAGACCCAGAGCCAUAUCUGUUUGAACCCGAGUACACAGAGGAGGAACUAGCUCUUAUUGACCGGGAGAGGGAAGAAAGAUAUGAACCAGAACAGACCGGAGCAGGCGAAAGAACACGGGCAAACAGCAAUUGGUGGUGCAAGUGUAACUGUUGCGGACAGAUGCCGACUGAAAUUGAGAGCAUGUGCUGUUUAGAAUGGUACAAGGUGUGGCCGUCGAUGGUGGGGGUCAAUGUAGAUCCAGAAGACCCUGGGCAAAUCGCCUGUGUCGCGGCAAGCGACGCGUUUGCGGCAAUGAUUCACCCGGCAGUCGUCAACUUUUUCUUUCAACGUGAGAAAGUUAAAUGGAGGAAACGUCCCACGCCGAGUGGACCAGAUGGCCAGCUAUCCUCAGAUCAAAAUAGGUUGGUGUCCUACCGUAUAGUACUGGAAUGGGCCCUACAGGGCGAAACUUUGGGCAGAGGGCAUCAGAAACCACUGCCAUCAUGUGUGGUCGGGGCUAUACGACAAAGAUAUCCUUCUGUGUCCGGUGUCUAUGUUGGACUUCAAGAAGUAAACGAGGCGAUGGAUUUGUAAGCCUAUUGUAACUGGACAUUAUGUGCUGGGCACUGCGUUCAGAUCCAGAUUUUGUUUACAUGUUUCACAGACAUCUGUGCACUGCAAAAACAUUAUUUUCAAGAAAAAAAAUCUCAGUAUUUUUGUCUUGUUUUCAGUAAAAAUAUCUAAAAAUUCUUAAAUUAAGAUGCUUUUUCUUGAUGAGCAAAACGACCCAAGAAAAUAAGUCUAGAUUUUAGACAAAAAAUGUCAAAUUUAAGUGAUUUAAGUGACAAGCAAAAAAAAGUCUGCCAAUGGGGUAAGCAAAUUUUUCUUGAAAUUAUUGUUUAAGAAAAAUGUUUAAGUUUUUUUUAAUAUAUAUUUUUGGUCUAAAAACUAGACUUAUUUUCUUGGGUCAUUUUGCUCAUCAAGAAAAAGCAUCUUAAUUUAAGAAUUUUUAGAUUUUUUACUGAAAAAUAUUUUUUA